AUGGAAGAAGAAGACCGGAUGUACCGGUUAAACCGCGUUGCGCAUGUGGCUGGAUUUAUCGACCAAGAGCCUGCUAGGGUUAUUAGUGGUGUGAGAAGACAACAGAAUAUGCCUUUACACGAGCGUAUCAUACCGUAUCUAGAGACGGCGGGCUUAUAUCACUUGGCUAGGCUGAACAGUCAGUGGUUCUGGGUUGAUGAGCCUCUACUUAGCGCAUUCAUUGAGAGGUGGCGUCCUGAGACCCACACAUUUCACAUGCCCUUUGGGGAGUGUACGGUCACCUUGGAGGACGUGGCCUAUCAGCUGGGUUUACCGAUUGAUGGUGAGCCUGUGAGUGGGUGCCUUAGUGAGUUUGAGAAUUUCAUGGAAAAUGGAAGACCGGCAUGGGUGUGGUUCCGUGAGCUGUUUGGGGAGUUACCUCCGCAGAAUAAAGUGAAGCAGAUGACAGUGUGCUACACAUGGUUCCAUGAGCGGUUUCGGGUUUUGCCGGCAGAUGCUACUGAGGACAUCGUGCGUAUAUACGCGAGGGCCUAUAUUAUGAUGCUGUUGUCAUCUCAGCUGUUUGCGGACAAGAACGCCAACCGUGUCCACCUUCGCUGGUUGCCUUAUGUGGCAUCGUUGGAUGACUUGGGUAGAUAUAGCUGGGGCUCGGCCGCGCUGGCGUGGUUGUACAGAUGUCUUUGUCGUGGAACAAACAAAAAUGUUGUCAACUUGGCUGGGCCACUUCAGCUUCUACAGUCUUGGAUCUUCUGGAGAUUUCCUUGUCUGAGGCCAAGUGAUUUCAACAGAUUCGGGUUUCCACUUGCAUCCAGGUGGGCUCAGUAUCUACCGAGGAACGAUGCAGUAGAUCAGAGAGUGGUGGCUGCACGCCUUUCUUUGGAUAGAUUGCGUGUGCAUGAUAUCGUGUGGGAGCCCUAUUCCACUCCGGAUGUCGCAGCUAUUGUUCAUCCAGAGAUACUACUAGACCAGCACCGCAGGCUAUGGACGGCAGUUACCAGUCUCAUUUAUUUUGCUGCGAUUGAGUGGCACCAGGUGGAUAGGGUUAUGCCUCAUUUCGGCGGGGUUCAGCAUCUCCCUCGUUUGGCUCUUAACAUAGACUGGCUUCAUGCGAAGGACGGCAGGGGUGGAGAUAGGUGGUUCCCCUCAUAUUAUCGGGAGUGGCAUGAGCAUUGGCAGGAUCGGCAUGCCUCAGUUUUACCCGUUGACCGAGUUGCUGAUCCUGGGCCAUCAGCUGAGUACCUGGACUGGUGGUGUCGUGUGGCGCACCGAUUUCUAUCCCCAGAGGUUGCAUUUCAAGAUCCCAGGCCUAUUGUGUUGACUGAGGAGGCUCGUCAUAGAGGGUCAUCGCAGGCACCUCCUAUGGUGCAGGUUGUCGACAGACCGGACAACCGCCGCGUGGACAGGCGUAGGCGUAUCGGCACACGUACUACGGAUCGAGAGUGGCGAUGGCUGGCCGACCAGUUAGAUGAGGAUCAGGCUGUUGGUGGUCAUGGAGGUGAUAUUGAUCAUCGUGUUCCGAGACGUAGGGCCAGACGACAUGGUCAGCGGGAUGGUGGUGGACGGGCCCGUGGUAGAGGACCAUCUGGAGAGUAUCACAGUGGUCAGGAUGCUGUUGGUGAGGACAUUGGUGGUGUGGGCACAGGGAUGGAUCAGGGUACGUACGAGGUGGGGGGUUCUUCUCAGAUGUUUGAGGUGGGGGGUUCUUCUCAGAUGUUCGCCGACUUUACUACGGCGGCCGUCGGUAUGGACAUUGAUGAUCCUGUGAGUCAGUCAGAGUUCUUCAGAGAUAUAGCAGACAUCUUGGGAGACGAUGACGGCACUCAUUAUAGGCCACAGAUGGAUGAGGGACAUUCACAGUUUGCCGAGCACCAGCCACAUGUUCAGGAUGUACAGCCAGGUUUGCCGGUUGACCUGAACGAGCCUGCGCCUUCACCAUUGGACCCAUGGUUCGCGUUGGGAGGUACCCCAGCUUCGGCUUUCAGCGUAGUUCCUCCACAGGCACAGGUGCCACUGGUGGAUGAGAGACCACGGAGGGCUCGUCGUGCUCCUUUAUGUGGCACUGGAGGUCACCUUAUUGGUCAGUUGCAGGAUGACGACAGUGACACGAUCGAGGACUCUGAUUAG